CCAUGGGCUAAGCUGUCUGCCACUGACUUACGGCCUAUAUCUGCCCAGAAAAUAUAGGCCCACAACAGUGAAAGCCCAUGUGUUAUGCCCGUUUGGCCUUCUUAAGCGAAGGCCGGUGUAACGCAUAUAAGUUAUCCGUUAAGACCCUGGAGGUUGAGCAGAGCUCGCACCGAUGGCGAUGACUGCUACUUCCACCACUUCCUUUCCUCUUCCUUUCUCUCCACAAAGCUAUACCCAUUUUUUCAAUCCUCGGUUUCAUCCCCAAUUUGGGAGAGACUUUGGUUCCCGCCAAAGACCAUUCGUUCUCAGAAGCUCUAGAAAUAGUUCUAAGAAUGUUGCGAUUCGGAGUUAUCCAAGAGUGAGAGCCGCCCAAGAACCUUCCGGCAAGAGAGAGCCCAUGGUGCCUCCUUACAAUGUUAUCAUCACGGGUUCAACUAAAGGGAUUGGGUAUGCACUGGCUAAAGAGUUUCUGAAAGCAGGCGACAACGUCGUAAUCUGCUCAAGAACUGCUGAACAUGUGGAGUCUACUGUUCAUAGCCUGAGAGGAGAAUUCGGGGAGCAGCAUGUCUUGGGUACAAAAUGUGAUGUCAGAAAAGCUCAGGAUGUGAAAGAUUUGGUGGCUUUUGCAAAACAAAAUCUGAAAUACAUUGAUAUAUGGAUUAAUAAUGCAGGAUCUAAUGCUUAUAGCUUUAAGCCUCUGACUGAAGCUUCAGAUGAGGAUUUGAUUCAAGUUGUCACCACAAACACCCUUGGCUUGAUGAUAUGUUGUCGAGAGGCAAUAAAAAUGAUGAUGGACCAACCUCGAGGGGGCCACAUAUUCAACAUUGAUGGAGCUGGUUCAGAUGGACGACCAACCCCCAGAUUUGCUGCAUAUGGUGCGACCAAGCGCAGUGUGGUGCAUUUGACAAAAUCACUGCAGGCUGAGUUGCAGAUGCAAGAUGUUAAAAAUGUUGUUGUCCAUAAUCUCUCGCCAGGAAUGGUCACAACUGAUCUUCUCAUGUCUGGUGCAAAUACAAAGCAGGCCAAGUUUUUCAUUAAUGUUUUGGCAGAACCAGCAGAAGUGGUGGCAGAGUACCUUGUCCCAAAUAUUAGAUCCAUCCCUGCCAACGGAUCGAUGAAGGCAACUUACAUUCGUUUUCUCACUGGGAUCAAAGCAUAUUCCCAAAUAUUCUCAAGACUAGCUUUUGGUGCAAGAAGAAACAGAUACGUCCUUGAAGAUUGAAAAACGUUUUGAGGCUUGAAUAUGGAACUCUGGUUUUUCUUUAAGG